ACCGUAAAGCCUUUUUGAAAUCUGACAUGGUGGCUGGAUUAACAAGAAGUUAAGCUUUAUUUUGAUGUAUAACACAUAUUUUCAAGAAUGUUAAAUAUUUGAAUUUAGUAUCUGCAAUUUCACUGGAUGUUGGCCAGGUGGGACGCUACAGUCCCACGUACCCGUAAGAAGUUAUUACCGUUUUUCUUCAUUGGUUUGGCUCAUUUCUUGAAACAGAAAUUACAUUCUCAAAACUACAUGGACAAACCUCCAAACCACUUGGCAAUUGUUCACAACAGAAUUGAAUUUCUCAUUCAUUUUGUCAAAUUGCAAAUGUCUAAGUACAUGUCUCAAUGUCUCAGUACAUCUUUGCAAAUGAUUAAGUACAUGUAGCCUACAUUUAGCACAAUUUCCAAGUGAAUAGAUCUUAUCGAUCUAAACUGAUUGUUGAUUCUCAGUCUAAUGGUUGUUCGCUCCAAAACGUGUCAGCGUCAUUUCAUUGUUUAAGUCAUCACAUGCACAAUAGUCUGUUCAAUUGUCAAAAUUAGUCAAGAACAUAAUACCAUGAAUACCAUAUAUGAAUCCCUUGGAACAUUUGAUAAAUUUAUUACAGCAAUUGACAGUCAGGUGAAACUUGACUAACGAAGGAGGAGUUUCACACAUCUCAGAUGACCAAUCAAACAGUAUGUUUAGUUACCUGACAGGUGCUGUCCAUGACUGUGAAUGCUGCCAAACAUGUAUGUAAAGAGCUUGACCAUGCAGGACCAGUACAAUUUCUGAACAUGGAGGCACCUGGCCAAGUAAAUGAACAAGGGCAACUGCCUGCUCGAGGAAGAGGAAGAGGAAGAAGAAGAAGAGGAGGAGGAGGAGGAGUAGUAAGGGUGCGUGGUGGUGGAAUAGGGGAAGAGGCCGAGGAGCACGAAGACACCAUGCUGUCCCGGAUGAAAUUCGGGCCACAAUUAUAGACCAUGUCAUCAACCAUGGCCUCACAAUGGCGGAGGCAGGUCGCCGAGUGCAGCCUAAUGUGCCUCGCUCAACAGUCUCCUCCAUCAUCCAAACCUUUCGCAGGGAAAACAGGAUUGGAUGACAACCUUGCACGGGUGGCAGAGGAAAACUUCUCAAUGAACAACAAGAACAAGAGAUCUGUAACAUGGUGAUGGCAAAUAAUGCCAUCACAUUGAGACAGAUCCGCGCUGCAAUCCUACAAGACAAUGCCAUAUUCCAAAAUGUCAACUCUAUAAGCAACUCCACAAUAGACCGGAUAUUGAAGAAGCAUCAGAUGACAAUGAAGCAAAUUUACAGGGUACCAUUUGAGAGGAACUCUGAUAGAGUGAAAGAGCUGCGGUACCAGUAUGUACAUAGAAUAAUGGCAUUGGAAGGAAACGAGACCCAUCACAUCCUCGUGUUUGUGGAUGAAGCUGGCUUCAACCUGGCCAAGGGCCGAAGACGUGGCCGUAAUAUUGUUGGCCACCGGGCCACGGCGGAUGUCCCAGGCCAGCGAGGGGGCAAUAUAACUAUGUGUGCUGCCAUAUCUGAGAAUGGUGUGGCCACUCACAUCCCCAGUCUUGGCCCAUACAAUACACAGAAGCUCCUCAUCUUCUUGGACCGCCUUCAUUUUGAUUUGAUCCCUGAAAAUGAGAGAGGUCUCGUAGGACCUCACCUACCACAAUAUGUCAUUGUAUGGGACAAUGUGAAUUUCCACCGUGGCCCGCUCAUCAGGGCCUGGUUCACUACUCAUCCAAGGAUGGUCAUGGUGUUCCUUACUCUCCUUUCCUCAAUCCUAUUGAGGAGUAUUUCUCCGCUUGGAGGUGGAGAGUGUAUGAGCAUCGGGCUCAAGAUCAGAGGUCCCUGCUCCAUGCAUUGGACGCUGCAUGUGAGGAUAUUACAGGAGAUCAGUGUAGGGGAUGGUUGCGACAUGCACGCCGUUUCUUCCCUCGUUGCAUCGCAAGGGAGAAUAUACGCUGUGAUGUGGACGAGAAUCUGUGGCCAGACAGACAGCAGCGUGUGGAUGGCCAGGAGGGUGAGGAUGGUGGUCAGGAGAGGGAGGGUGGGGACAGCGACCAGUGAAGAACUGUUAGUUGUGAAACUCCAGCUUUAUUUACAGCACUAUAGGCUGCAUAUAAUUUUCAUUGUUUUUUGUUUGUGUGUUUAUAUUACAGUAUAUUAUGCUGUAUACAUUUUCUUUUUACUCUGAUGUAUGGAAGUUACUUUGUGUGUGAAUGAUAAUGGUUACAAUUUCCUUGGCAGUAUGAGUGCAAUGUGUGAUGUCAAACCUUGGAGGCUACUCUUACCCUAAAAUCCUAUUUCUUUUUUUCAGUUUUAUACACAAUUGUAUUCUGUUAGCUGGACAAAAAACAGUACAGUAACCAUUGUCAAUGAAUGACUGGGCUAAGAUUGAAAGGUGGACAUGAGGGAUAUUUCAAUGGUCCUCUGCCAUAGUGACAAAACAUCUAAACAUUUUGACUUGCAGUGCUUACACAAUGCCAAAGGGACUAAGCAUUUUGGGGGCACUGACUGUUUAAAUGAGAAGGAAAUUUAGUUUUGGUUAAAGCACCAAGAGUGUUGAGAACGUCCGGUCUGUUUCAAGAAAUGAGCCAAAGCAAUUGAGAAGGAUCUUUGCCAUUUUCGUGGCACUGACUCUUUAUAUGGGAAAGGAAUUUAGUUUUGAAGCAUGAGUGAACAGUUUUAGGAGAGAUAUGAGCUUUUGCAAGUGAGCUAUAGUGUUGUGCUGAACUGUAAGACUGUUUUGCCAAAUGAUCUUAGAGUUUUGAGAAUGUAAUUUCUGUUUCAAGAAAUGAGCCAAACCAAUGGAGAAAAACUGUAACAUCUGCCUCAGUUACUGCCUAGAUCUACCAGCCUGGACAACCGGAUGACUGGUCCGGAACGGCAAUUCCCAACCAGGAUAUCCCCUGGCCAUUCUUGUGGUGGUCGGCAGCUUUCAGAAAGCCUACCAGGGUAAACCACCAGAGAGGGACUGCAACGAUGAUCCACAACCAGGACAUCCCGUGGUCAUUUUUAUGUUGGGUUGCAACUUGCAGAAUCAUUCCAAGGUUGAACCCACCAGAGAGGGACUGUCAUGACUCUCUCACCUUGGUGAGGAUCAAAAGAACCCAUCAGCUAGGCAAAUGUUUGAGGAUUGGCCUGUUUUAUGACUUAAAUACCUUGCAGAAACUCUUCCUUUGGCUUCGGCAGGAUUGGAAGGCUGAAAAUCCUUUGUUACACAGAGAGACUUUGCCACCAAAAAACUGGGAAAGACGACCAAAGGGAAGGUCAGAUCCCUCUGAACACUGUGUCGUACAUCUGAAGUAUCUAACGAACACUCCAGAACAAAAGAAGCCUACAAUUAAGGACAUUAUGACCUCUGGUGGACAACCAGAGACUUACAUCGAACCACUUCCCAUAGAACCAUCGAGUUCAACAGAGAGAUGACAAAGACAUCUACGCAUAAAUGUAUACAUUGCAUUUAUUUUCCGAAUGAGCGGUUGUUCAUGUGCAAAGUAUUCAUAUUCCCAUGAGUAUAGCUUCCAAAUGUAUGUACGAUAAGUUGACUCUCUUUGUCUCUCCUUCUCCUUACAUACCCCUCCCCCUUACAUUGCGUAACCCAACGGUCAAGCUUUUGUUAGUCCACUGUUUUCAUUGUAUUAUGCAUGUAAUCAAUAACAUGUGCUGUGUGUUUACGUAUUCUGUGUGAUGAUUUAGUUAGUUAGUAAAUAAAUAAUUA